AUGCCAACCGGAAAUUCCUACUUCUCGGAUGGCUACCUCAAGAGAAAGGAGGGAUAUUCCUAUAUUACACCCGAAGAGGCUGCAGGACUUGGCAUCCUGGUGGUCAUUCUGGGGCUUCUAAUCUUGAUUGGUUGCUGGUAUUACAGAAGGCGCAGUGGCUACAAGAUCCUGAAGUACAAAAGCCUUCAAGCUGGCACUGGGAGUGCUUUGAUGGGAAGAUAUCACAGUGAGGAAGGUUCUCCCUUGGACUGCAAAAUGCCCUUUCCAGAAAAUGGCAGCCAUAGCCCUGUGGUGCCUGAUGCGCCACCAGCCUAUGAGAAGGUCAUCUCUGAGCGAGCUCCACCAGCCUAUUCGCCUUGAAGCCCAGUGAAGGUUACUUUCAUAUUCUCGCUUUUGCUACGGUUUAGACCAUCAGAAGAGCCAUCUCUGAACCUGAAAGACAGCUAUGUGUCGACACCUAAUGUUCUGCCUUUGUAGCCUGCACUAGUCAAGUACAAUAUGCUUAGUGACGAAGUAUUGAGUGCCAUACUUUGCUCGUGAUUUUCUACAAGCGCUCAGUUGUCAAGAAUAACA